AUGCCUAAUCAAUCAGAAGAUAUCUUCGAAACUUAUGAAUCUUUGAAACAAUUAAACAUUUCUUACAAUUUUUUAACAGAAAUACCAGAAUACUUUUCAGAUCUCCAAAGUUUAGAAGAAGUACUCGCAUUUGGUAAUAGAAUUUCAAAAUGCUCACUCAAAAAAGCUCCAAUUAAGACAAUUGACUUUGGACAGAACCAAUUUACUUAUAUCCCUUUACUGAAUUCAGCUAUAGAGCAUCUUUACAUGGAUUUUAAUAGAAUUACUUCAAUCGAAAUUGCAUAUCCAAAACUUACUAAGCUUUGCUUAAAUUUAAAUCAGAUUUCAUUCAUAUCACCAGAUAUAGUUUUCCCUGCUCUUUUAACGUUAGACAUUUCGCGCAAUAAAUUAACAGAAUUACCAGAUUUAAGUGUUUUAGCUCCAAAUCUUGAACGUUUGGAUGCAUCAUUUAAUUCAAUUACAGAACUUCCGAAAUUGCCGAUGUCUAUCAUUGAAAUCAGACUCUCGAAUAAUUCAAUCAAAAAUUUACCGAAAGAUCUUGACACUUAUACAAAUUUAACAUACAUAGACUUCUCAUGUAACAAGCUUACAUAUGUUGGAAAGCUCCCAUUUACGAUUCAAACAGCAAUUUUAUACGAAAAUGAAAUUGUUGAAAUUGAAGAGUGCGAAACCCCAGAUUUACACUCACUAGAGAUCUCACGCAACUGUUUAGAAAAGUAUCCUGCAUUCCGUAUCAACGAAAUUGCCGAACUUUCGAUAUUUUCAAAUCGAAUCAAAGAAUUACGUGCUGAUUGCUUCUACGAAAAGAUCUACAAGCUUGACUUAUCAGAUAACGACACCGAUCAUCUUCCAGCUGAUUUGUUUAAGCUUGCAACUCUCGUUCAUUUGAAUGUUGCGAGGAACAAAAUUAAGAGCUUCCCCCCGAAUAUUUCUUCCUCCCCCUUAAUUUAUUUUUGCAUCUCGGAGAACCCAAUUGAGAAGCUUCCUGACCUGUUCCCUAUACCACUUGAACAGUUGUAUAUGGCGAACUGUGGCUUGGAUUGCAUUCCAGACACAAUUAUCCGAAAUGAAGAAUUAAUUGUUCUUGUUGCGCCAGGAAACAACAUCAAAUCUGUUCCUUAUAUACCAACAUUACAGCGCGCAAACUUUUCUUGCAACAAAUUGACGAAAAUGCCGAUAUUUCCGACAUCUAUUACUUCAAUUGACCUUUCUUGCAAUAACAUUAGCGAAAUUACAGACAACGCUAACUUCCCAUUACUCAGAGACUUCAAUAUCUCAUCAAACAACGUUUCCAAACUUCCAUCCAACUUCUUUGCUCCGAAAUUAGAACUUUUCACCAUAGCAAAGAACCCGCUUUCAGGAGAUUGGUCACUUUCCUUACCAUCCCUCGUCAAACUCGAUAUCAACGCCACAGAUAUUAAUUUAAUUUCCGUUCCUACGAUCAACGAAGUUGUUUCACCACAUCCCAGCGAUAUACCGUUCUGCCACUCCAUCAACUGUGGCGAUUGCGUCUCCUACUCCCAAAGGAAACGUUUACAAAACGGUUUUGAAGAUGAAAUUAUCGCUGAUGCAAAAAGAGGAGUUUUCGGAAUAUUAAAUGUAUCUUGUGACCAAAAAGCGACGAGAAAAGUUGCCGCCGCGUUGACUAAACUCAUCAGAAGACAAGAUAGUUUCGAUGAUCAGUCCUUCGAACAGUUAUCUGAUGACGCAAUGAUGCUUGUAAAUACAGAGCCUUCUCAAGGAGAAACAACAGUAGCAUUGGCUUUGGUCAGUGAAAAAGUGACAGUUGUAAGGACCGGAUCUGUCCACGUAUUGAAACUGAAUCGGAAUGGUGAUAUUACGUUUUCCAUGCGUAAUAGGACUCCUAGUCAACCAUUGGACCGUCGGAGUAUCAGUUUCUACAGAAGUAGAGAUAAUUUAGGAGUUAUGCAAGCAUUAGGAGAUCAGUUGGUCUUCGGAGGCGAUGACGACUUGAAUAUGAAGACUACUGAAUUGACUGAUGAUGAUAAGUGGAUUGUUAUAGCUUCUGAUAUUGUUUUUAAUGUAAUUGAUGAAAAUUUGCUGUCAAAAAUGGCAAAAACAGUAGAAAAUGCUGAGGAGUUCGCUUACGGAUUAAGGAAUACAACAAUGGGACACAUGUAUAACCAGAAAUUAUCUGCAAUCGUUUUAGAUAUUGAUAAAUACAAGAAAGGAAAGAAUUGA